AUUGCGUGGAACGGGCCUAAAAUAAGGGAUUUCGGGCUCGUCCCGUGAGGCGACGUGUCAGCUCGAGAUUGGGCGAUGCUAUCGUCGAAAUUGUCGGUGUCUUCGCGUUCUUUCUCAUUCUGAAAAAGAAAUUGAAAUAGAAAAGCACGAUGGCGAAAAGUUGAUCUCCUCCGAUCGCAAAAUCGAUCCCUCUUUCACCGGUGAUUCAGUCUGUGUGUCUCCUCAAUCGAAAGCCCAACUCACCAAAACGAGAGGUCGCAGAUUCCGUUGGCGUUUGAUCCCCAAAUCGAGAUUCCGAGCUCCAUCGACUUCCGUUCACUUCCGGUCUUGUACGAACGGUCUCAUCUUCCCCAAAUCCUCUGAAUCUCGACCCGAGCUCAAUCCUUCCGCUACCAAGGUAUUUUCUUCAACUCCCAUCUGAAAUUGAAAAGCUUAGGGUUUUGUAUUUUGCAUGCGAAUAGGCUGUGGCAUAGAUUCUAUGUUGUUAGAGAACAAUUGUACAGAUUCUAGGGUUCGCAAAUGUUACAUAGUUGCGUAUAGCUUGAUUGAUUGUUUGAUUGUGUGAUUGUGUGAUUGUUUUCGUUGUAGGUUGAUUGAUUGUUUCGUAUAGAUUGAACCAGUGUAGCCGUUGUAGGUUAUUUGAUUGUUUUGUAUAGAUUGAACCAUUGUAGUCCUGGUAGCUUGUUUGAUUGUUUAGUAUAGAUUGAACCAUUGUUUUCAUUGUAGCUUGUUUGAUUGUUUCGUCUAUAUUGAACCGUUGAGUUUGGUUGUUGCUUGUUUGAUUGUUAACAAAUGUAUAACAAACCAGUAACUGAUUUAAGCAACAUGAAAGAAGUGUUUGAUAGUUUAGUUUCGAUGCUUUGCAUCCUAUAACUGGUUUUGCGUCUCUGGGUAGCCAUAGUUCAUAGAUUUUAUUUCUCAUAUCGUUUACUUAACUCAUCAUUAAAGACAGUGACUUGCUUUCUGCUCUGUGGUAGUUGUAUAAAAGUAGGUUCUAUACUACAUCAUUAAAGACAGUGACUUGGUUUCUGCUCAGUUACAUUGUAUACAGUAUGUUUUUAACAAAAUCCGAUUACAUUAAUGAUGUUGUUAGGAAAGUUGAUAGCUUUUUUUGGUGUAAUAAGUUAGGAUUUGACAUUUCUUGUUGGGAGUUCACCCUUAAGUGUUUCUAGACUUCACUUCAGCCUAUAAAAUCUAUUCUCUUAUCUCUUCUAUCUCAUAACUCUUUCUCCAUUGUAUCUAUUAUCUUUCUCUCUUCUAUGGAUCCAAGCAAUGUUCCUAGUCAGUCCGCUAGCUACGUAGGACUGCUUCACUCCCAACAAGGAAGCGUUUAUCAUGAAAACUUCCCUUAUGGAAGUUUUCAUUCUAGUGUCAACUUUGCAGAAUCCGAUACAUUUCCGGCUUUCAGUUCUCAGCAACCUGAAGAUGCACCAGUACACGCAGAAGCUGCCCGUCCUGUAAGACGCAAGUGGACCCCUGCAGAUGACGAGGUGCUGAUCAGUGGGUGGCUCAACACUUCGAAGGAUUCAAUUGUUGCAAACGAGCAGAGGUCGGGGGCCUUCUGGAUACGGGUUGCUAAGUAUUAUGCAGACAGUGUUCAUGGAAGAGAGGAUGGUGUGAGAGAGCACGGUUGUUGCAAGAAGAGGUGGCACAGAAUCAAUGAUGAUGUUAACAAGUUCUGUGGCGCAUACUCGGCAGCCCAGCGCCAAAUUAGCAGUGGUGAGUCUGACACAGACGUUCUGAAGAAAGCGCAUGAAAUUUUCUUCUCUGAUCAAGAGCACAAGUUUGCACUUGAACAUCUAUGUAGUUCCGGUUUCGUUAAAUGAAUGAUUUUCUUUCAAUGUUUGUGUUAUUGUUUAUCUGUAAAUUUAUCUGUUUCUGAUUUUCCUUACAUGUUUGAGUUUCAUGUUCUAUGUUUCUAACUAGUAUGCCUCGACAAUGUAUGCAGGUUAAGUAAAAAAUGGGACGUUACAGCUACUCGCAGCCAUCAGAAGACGAGACUUUAUUUGGAAACAAUGACGACAGUGACUACAGCGAGACGGAGGAUCUCAUACGACGCGACCAAGCUGAGUUAAGCUUGGAACGUUGUUCACCGGUUCACUACCCCCCGCAACCGGAGGUAGAGUUUGGUUUCCCGCAGGUCUGCUAUUGUGGUGCUCAGCCAGUGCUUGCAACGUCUAACACUAGGAAUGAUCAAGGUAUGUGCUAUGGUCGUUGCUUAAUUACUUAGCCUGUGAAGAAGGCUUGUGCUUGUUUAUGUAUGUGCUUAGCGAGUUUUUGCGUAUCUUAAACAGGGAGAAGAUAUUACACUUGUGCCAACAAGGACGAUGGCGAUUGCCAUAUUUUCAAAUGGUGGGAUGACGCGUUGAUGGAUGAGAUGAGAGCCAGAGAUGUACAUGUGUUUCAGCUGGCUGAAAAGGUUGAAAGCCUAACCGUUUUAGCUGACUAUGACACUGAGGAGAAGCUACGAAAGCUAGAGAAGAUUGUUGGUGAUAUGGCUAAGGAGAAAUCAUGUAUGAUCAAAGGGUUUGAGUGCUUUGUAAUAGGCAUAGUUGUUCUUGUUGUGGUAAUAGGCAUGGUGAUUGUCUCAAUGUAUUGAAUCCGUUAAGGAACCUGUUUCUUUCUCCUAAUUUAGACGAAUGUGUUCGCAGUUUGUAAUCGCAUGUAUUGAUUAGAACUCGUGUCUUUCAUAUGUCGCUUGAACUCGUGUCUUUCAUAUGUCGCUGAAUAUGUCUCCUAAUUUAGACGAAUGUGUUCGCAGUUUGUAAGCCUAACCGUUUUAGCUAAUUUAGACAAUGACUUACAAUUUCCUUUUACAAGAUGUAACCAUAAUAUUCAAGAAUUUUAUACACAUGGUUAUUUAAUUUAUAACCAUAAGUCACAUGUUGAGUUUCUUUGUACCAAUAAGUCACAUGAUCCAUAGCACAUGUUUAUUUUGGUGCCUACCAAUAAGUCACAAGUUGUACUAUAGAGAAAUAAUUCAAUCACGGGAGGUUUGUAGAGACUUCUUUUAAAUCAUAUAAAUAAGUAUUGUGAUUUCUUCUCUCGUUACAAAGGUGAAAAGUCUCAUCUUCUCUUAAAAUUCUAAACAUUUUUUCCUUUUAAAAAAUUUGUCAAUGGCUUCUUCUUCCCAUUAUCAUUACCACAAAGAUGAUGAUGAUGAAUUAGAUGACAUUUUUGAAGAUUUAUUUGAAGACUUUGAUUUCAAUCCCACACCAAAAGAGCGAAAAAACGAGUUUUUAUCGAGAGACACCGGGAGGAAGGCCAUCAGAAGCUCUGGAAUGAUUAUUUUAGCAAAACUCCAACAUACCCGCACAAUUUAUUCCGGCGACGGUUCCGGAUGAACAAGGAAUUAUUCUUGCGUAUUGUGAAUCGUCUCUCUACAGAAGUCGAGUAUUUUCAACCCGGAGUAGAUGCUACCGGACGAUCGAGUCUAACUCCGCUCCAAAAAUGUACCGCAGCAAUUCGUCAAUUGGCGUACGGUGGUGCUUCUGACACAGUUGACGAAUAUGUCCGAAUUGGGGAAACAACGGCAAGAAGGUGUUUGCACAAUUUUGCCGCGGGAAUAAUCGACUUGUUUGGCGAAGAAUACCUAAGACGUCCCACACCGGAGGAUCUGCAAAGACUACUUUAUAGUGGAGAACAACGUGGGUUUCCAGGCAUGAUUGGAAGCAUCGACUGUAUGCAUUGGGAGUGGAAGAAUUGUCCCACGGCUUGGAAAGGAAUGUAUUCACGAGGAACCGGAAAACCAACGAUUGUCUUGGAGGCGGUAGCUUCAUAUGACCUCUGGAUAUGGCACGCGUUUUUUGGAGCUCCAGGUACUAUGAACGAUCUUAAUAUUCUCGAUCGAUCACCCGUUUUUGAUGACAUUAUUAACGGAAUUGCGCCACAAGUUAACUUCUAUGUUAAUGGUAAUCCAUACCAUUAUGCAUAUUAUCUCACCGAUGGUAUUUAUCCGAAAUGGGCUACAUUUAUUCAAUCUAUCCGACUACCACAAACUCAGAAGCAUUCAUUAUUUGCUCAAACCCAAGAAGCUGUGCGAAAAGAUGUUGAGCGUGCCUUCGGAGUCCUACAAGCUAGGUUUGCCGUUGUUAGAAAUCCAUCUAAUAUAUGGGAUAAAGAAAAAAUAGGAAAUAUUAUGAGAGCAUGUAUCAUACUCCAUAAUAUGAUUGUCGAAGAUGAACGAUCAUCAAGAAGGGAUGAGAACGUUGAUGAAUUUGAAGAAGGAGAUGUGGAAACAUUUUCCGUCAAUAUGCCUUCAACUGUCGGGAGUACACUUGAACGUCGAACGAGCGUUCGGAAUAGACAAGUCCAUCAACAUUUAAAAAAUGAUUUGAUUGAAAAUAUAUGGACUAAAUUUGGAAAUCCUUGAAGUAAUAUAUAAUUUGUAUUUUCUUUCAAUAAUGUCAUUUUCUUAUGUUUUCUAUUUUCUUUAUUUUGAUGUUUGUAUUUUCUUUCAAAAAUGUAAUUUAUUUUUUUAUGUUUUCAAUUUUAAUAUUACUUUUUUAUUUUUAAUGUUUUAUUUAAAAAUUCUUUUUUUAAUGUCAUUAUUUAUUAAUUAAAAUAAUAAAUUAAAUUAACUAAGGGACAACAUAAAUCCCACCAAUAAUCAACUAAUUUACCCAAAUCCCUUGUUUUAGUCCCUAACCAAAAAAUAAUAAUAAAAAAUUGUUAAGGGCCCUAAAACAAGUCCCACCUAUAAUGAUGCUCUUAGAUUCCUUGAGUUGGUCCCUUCCUUCUCCUCGGUGCAAAACCCAUCCAAAGAAUCUAUAUUGCGCAUCAAAAGAUGUUUUGUUUGCAUACGAAGAAAGGUUUAUUGCAUUUUGUGACUUGUAUAAGAAGAAAAUAUAUUUUUCUUUUGUUACCUGGCUUGAUGCAUUUGCUUCACAAGAUUCAGCAACUUUACUCCUUCUUUUACCUGUCCGAUCUCAACCUUAUCGAAGAUUUUCAUUCUUUUUCUGCAUGCAAGACAGAACUAGUCAUAAGAUUUGUCUAUAACAAAAAUGAGUUAAAAGAUAAAAAGCUUCUUGAAGUUAAAAACGCAACAAAAUGAACAAGGAACUGUCAUGUGAUGCCCUAAAAGGCGACUCCGAAAGGAGGACAGGCGAAGCAGGGAUGACUAAGUCGUGGUCCAGACGAAGCUUACUCCAGAAGACGACAAGACCAACUCCCUGAGAAAUCCAAACCGAAGCGAAGACGCCAGCAAGCAGAUAAGCACGGGUGAGAUACAAGCUGGCGAGAAGAUGAGGGAACCCGAGACAAAGCAGAGAACUGAAAUCCAAACCCUAGUUUAAAAAAAAAAAAAAGAGCUAAUAAGUUACCGCAUUACUCCGACUUAUUUGGAGUCAGCAUCAGUGAGACCAUAUAGAUACAAACAGUGAAAGCCAACAUCUCUUUCUCAUAUCUCAAGUUACUAUAUUUGAAGCGCUGAAGAGGGUAGAAUUAGUGCUUAAUUCUUACUUCAUCCAACACUUAAAUGCAACUUAAUUAGCAAGUUCUGAUUCCACCUCAUUACAGCAAAAAGGUAUAUUUGAGACGCGACAAGAAGACAGUACUCAAGAUUGGCUUUUACAGAGAAGCAUCUGUUGCUGUUCUUGCUUGUUAUCUUCCAAGAUCAGUACCAUUCAAUCAGGAAGGUGAACUGAGAAAUUUGAUCCUUCAAGUACUCCUUUGGAUUACAACUUGACUUAGACCAUUGCUCAAUGUGCUUCUAUAUGCAGACUGGCAUAAACUCUAUCCGAAGCCAACCAAAUAUGCGUUACACAGAAACUUCAGGAAGAGUUUUGCGAGAAAGUCUGAUCAUGUGAGCUCAAUCAUCUGUGUUGGAUCACAUAUAUCACUGUUGCUUUACUUGAUUAUAUAUAGCCAGAGUAGUUGAAGAUGAGAUGUUUGGAAUAGAAAACUGGUGUUGGAUCUCUUCUCGGGAGAGUCACAUUCUCUCCAGGAAACGUAGGUCAGCAUUUGGUGCUCCUCGGCCCAUGGAGGUAUAUAGUAAUUAGUAAACAAACCAACUCAUAGAUCACAGUCUCAUCAACAAAUCACCUGAUAUUUCCUCUCGUGUUGUGUUGUUUUAUGCAGACACAAUCAUUAGCGUUACCCAUGGAAACUAGUGAAUGAGAUUUGGGAUAGAACAAAACUGAAGCUGUAUUACAUGUUGAAACAGAGAAGAGGAAACCUCUGGCUACACAUUUCUUGUAAAACAUAAAAUCAUUGAUAAAGUCUUAUAUUUUCAUUUUCACAAACAUCAUAAGUAAACAAUUACAUAUUCAGGAUUGGUGGUUUUUUCUUAUCUUGAAAUGUAUUAUGUUAGACAAAGAGAUUGCUUGAAAUAUGUUACUGGAAGCCACUAGUUUACAAGUUAUGGUCGAGGUAAACUAUUAGAUGUGAUCAUUUUUGUAUUUAUUUAAUUGAUGCGAUAAUGUCUGGCUGUAGGGCAUGUUGCAAAAUAAAAGUUGAUGCAAUCUCAUCCCACUUUAAAAAAUAUCAGAUUGCUUUUUAUUUUUUCACAUACUUGUCAUUAUCUAUAUUAAAAAAUCAUAGAGAUGUUGAAAGACAAUGGCAAAUUGAACACCUAACCAAUGGCGACAAUAAAGUCGCAGGUCGAUAGCAAAACCAUAAUCUUCUUCGUAAGUAGUUACAUGUAAACAUGUAAUAUGACUUAUCUUAUCUUGCUUCUGCAUUUUUAAGUUUCAAAAUGCUUUUACGAAACUAUAUUGUAUCAUUUUUCUAUGUGUUAUAAUUUCUUCUAUCUACUCUGAUAUGUAUAAUUUCUUCUAUCUACUCUGAUGUAUACGAAUAUAACAUUUUUUCAAACGCAACCAAAAAUAUUACUAUUUGUACGAUUUACGACUUUUUAAUAGAUGGAAGGUAUAGAACUUUGUUUUUCUCUUACUUGAUUAAAGUUGGGUGGCCAGUGAAUGAACAAGUUGCUUAUAUUCCAAGUGAUCCAUUAUGAAAGGUAUAGUACACUAUAUAAAAGGGAAUCAUAUGUUUCUCGUUUUCAAAAUUUACUCUCAUAGUCUCAUAUUUAUAUUAGGGUAUAUAUUAUUGUAAGAACGGGGUCCAUUCCAUUUUUGGGGUCCUACCUGUUGCUAUAUUCUUCUUCACUCAAACAUAUAGACAAUAAUAUUUGUUUACUACAUACUUUUUUUUUGAACUGAUUCUUCAUAUUAAAAUGCAAAAGAAAUGUAAAACAAUACAAGCCCGAGGCUUUAGUUUUAGAGCCCAACCCAAUACAAAAGAACUCAUAUCGAAAACCAUUAGGUAACCAACCUAAUCCCAAUUAAGGUCCAAGAAAGUGAAGAGGCAGAUAGUAGAAGACGAUGUCUUAGUGAUCAUCGAAGGUAAAAGAAGGCAACUGUGAUCCGCACCAGAGGAAGAACCUAAGAUAGCCACCGCUGCAUCAAGAUGGAGGAGGCUGAAGGAUUGGUUGUUCGCAAGCUGAGAAUACGAUCUCUGAUUUGCCUAUCCAAUAGUCGAAUGAUGACAUCCAAGGAUCGGAACGAGUUCUGGUGUAAUCUAGCAUUCCGCUCUGCCCAAGUCCAAUAAAGGCAUCCUUGCCAGCAAAGGAGAGUAAGUAUACCACCUGGUGAUCGCCUGUUUUGAUUUGAUAGUUGUGUCAUGACCAAGUUCCAUGAUCGUGCAGGCGUGAGUCCACGAUCAAUAUUACUGAACAUUGAUUUGAGAUUAUAUACAACAUGGAAUAGAAGGAAACAUGUAAGACCAGUUUUUGAAGGCCAUUUGUUCGCAAGUGAUGUUUAUCAGAUGGUCCAUCGCUAUCGAUUAUUCAUGUUCUACCAAAAUCUAACUAAUUUGAACAUUUAUACACCAGGAUUUAUGGUAUUUCAGAAAAAAACACCAGGACUUAUAAUUUCAUCAUUUAGCUUAAUAAUAUUAACUAAAACAAUUAUUUUAAUUUAUUUUUGCUAAAUAUACACGAUUAUAUUUUUUGGUGCGAAUGUAUAUAAAUAGAAAUCUACUACACAAACUAAUAUAUACAUGAAAAAGUCUGGAGCAAAUUUUAUACAUCGACUGAUCAACCACCCAUUGAAGAACAUGGCCAUCUAGUGACACCAUUACUAGUGUCAUUGAAGUUGUUAGUACCAUUCACUAUGUUAGUUAUGACAUAAUAAUAAUUAUUAUUGUCAUUAUUGCAUUAUUUGAAAUUAACAUAUAUAAAUUUAUUGAGUGGGUAUGAUUCUUUCGAUUUCGUACAAUAUAAUAAACUACCACAAUAUAUAGCGUAUCAUAACUAAUACGUUUCCUUUCAUCUAGAAUCAACAGUUGUUAAUAAGUAUUUAUUAAUAUAUAGACUAUUCCCCUAACCCCCCCCCCCCCCCCCCCCCCCCCCCCCCCCCCCCCCCCCCCCCAACGAAGACUGGAACUCAUAAGCAAAUACUUUCAAAUUUUGGUAAAUUAUAAACAGAAAAAACAUCACAUCAAAUUUUGGUAUUUAUGUUAUGAUUAACUAUUAGUAUUACAUGUUUGAAGUAUAUCUAUUAAUUUAUCCAGUUAUGAUUAUGAAUUAGUUUCCAUACUGGCUAUCUUAUAAUAUUAGAAAUAUUUGUUGGUUUUGAAAUGUGGCCGGUUAGAAUUAUUAGACGUAGUUAUGUCUUCAUCGUUUCUCACCUCACCUGCUCUAGCUAUCAUAAUAAUGUUUAAAAGUCACAUGCUGUGUACAAAUAUCAUCUACCUUAUGUAUGCUAUUCAAAGAGUAGUUCAAAAAGUUUAUGUAAUUAAUAGUCAAAGAUCAUCUUGAAGACAUUACAUCCAAUAUUGUUUCUUUACGAAUAAUAUAAAUACAAAAGGAAAGAAGUUUCCUACAGGUUAAGAUUCCAGUCGUUAAAAUGUACGUUAAUAUACACUUUUUAAAUACAUUACAUGGAAAAAAUCAUAAACAUUUGGAUUAUAUGAUCUAGACAUUGUCGUAACUUAAGUCAGACGUAAGUAACGUAAUUUGAUUUAUUUUCCCCACGAUUUGAUUACACGUACUGCGUAGCCAUGCAACGCUAGUUUGUUUUAGUUCAGCCAAUUUGUAACAUUAUUCUAAAUAUGUUUGUAUGUCCCCAAAGGCCGCAAAACUAACUUCCAUUAUUAAAUAAAGCCAAAUUGUCUUGAUUUUGAUAAUUGUGGUGAUUUAAUCCCACAAUCAGACAAUACUUUACUGUAGCAAAUAAAUAGCAAUUAUCAUUAAAGUAGUAUAAAAUUAACAUUAUCUUAUGCUAAUCAAUCUAUUAACAUAAAGCUUCAUGGAAAAGAGAGGUGCACUAGUAGUAAUUGAGCUCAUACCUCAUGUUUUCUUGUUUUCUGGUACACAACAAUAAUUUAUAGCUGCAGGCACUUAGCAAUCAUCAUCUUUAUGAAUUAAAUUAAAUUAAGUGUAGAUCUUUUUUUUGUUUGAAAAAAUGUAGAUCUUUUUGUUACUUGUAACUGAAGCAUGUGUCCUAUGCAAUGCAAAGUUAACAACUUAAUCUUAUAGUUUCUUCGUCUUUUUUUUUUAGAACUAUCUUCUUCGUCUUUACUUUUUUUUUAUAUAAUCAUCACCUGUUAUGUAUGUAGGUACCCGUGAGUUUAUACAUAUAUUUAUGUAAAUCACUAUUCCAUGUCAUUAACUAUUUGUUCGUACAUGUGACAGUAUAUAUUUGCAACCUUCAACAUUUUGUUCCAAAUACAUGCAUUGGGUGUUGAUGUGGUUCAGUGGCCUAUAUAGUUGAUAGAUAUCUUUUUUUUUUUUGAAACUAAAAGAAGUAGAUAUCUUGCAAAGUUAAAAUAAAAUCAUCUAAUAUAUUUUAAAAUUUUGCUUAUUUUUCGUUGGGGGAGUAGAGCUAUUUUUAAUAGACAAUCUUUUGGUGAAUGUUGUCAAUGACAAGAAACGCGUUUACAGAAACUCGGUAUAUAUCUUAUACUCAAAUGACAAUACCAUUACUCAUCCAUAAUACUCAUAUUCAUAUAUACGUAAAGUUAAAUCCAGGUGAUGCUUGUUUUUAUUUCUUUAUCUAAAAAAUUGAAACAUUUGUCUUUAUCAUAUGUUACGAAUCAAAACAACUUCUUAGCUAGUAGGAUUUAGUUGGGAUAUUUUGGAAAUAUUACCAAGCUAUCUUUAAUCAUAGUUUACGAAAAUAUAUAAACGGCUUUAUUUAUUUAUUUUUUGGAAAUUAUAUAAACGGCUUUAUAAAUUAUUUUGAUGUAUAUGAAGUGAUAAAAUGCUAGUGAGUCACGCGCAAGAGAGAACCUUGAAGUGGCAGCCUGUCACGUAAGUAAAAACAACUGUGGAAACCAUUAAGAUUCACGGACUCGAGACAAAGAAGGCAACUUGCAGUUUGAAGUUCGACAAAAUCUACCAUUUGAUAAAUAAUACGACACCGUCACGGGUCACUACCAAACACUCUCGCUUAUUGGGAUCUCUGAUUCCUUCUCACAUUUCUUUUUAUCAUCCUUUCAGAAAAUUAUAUUAUUUUUCCACCGUAAGACCAUUAAUUAGUUAAUAUAUGACAUCAUGUAAAUAAUUUUAAAUAAUUAAUAUAUAGUCGUAAAAUCGAAUUUGAGCUAAAGAAGUCACAAAAGUAUUUUGAAAAUGUAUAUAUCAUUAUAAACCAAACACAGCCAACUCACCAGUUAACAAAUAAUAUUGUCCCCUUCCUUAUAAAUAUCCAUUAUGCUUUUGGACCUGAAGAAUACACCGACUAAAAACCAAAUCUUUCGUGGUUUUGAAAAAGCAUAAAUCAAAAGUUGAUAUGGGGUCGCCUGAAACAUUGUAUACUCAAAAGAAUAUAUACGUAAAUUUAAUUUAUACCUAAAAAGUUAAUUUUAUACGUUGAAACAGAGGAGAAAAAGCAAUUUAUACGUUGAAUAUUCUAUAUAUCUACACUCAUAUAUAUAUAUAUAUAUAUAUUAAAAAAAAAGUUAAAAGCUAAAGCCCACUCGCAUGCUUUUCUUUUCUUCUUUUGUUCAUCUAUAAUUUUAUAGAAAACUAUUAAAAUUAUUAAGUAAAACAAGUUUUUAAAAGAUGCAAGAUCAAAGAUAUAUAUCCUAACACUAUCCACAUUAUACACCGUAUGGUAUCAUUGUUUAUUUCCUCGAGUACCGUAUCGUUUUUUCACAUAACCUCAUGUUCUCAAAUAUAAUAGGUGGAAUACAAUAUUCAAAUUAUAAAAGAGUAAUAAUAUAAUCCUCAAUCCUACUAUAUAAAAGAGACUAAAUUGGAGUUCUCUAAAUACUGCACAUGGGCACAAAUAUUCAUAUCCAAUUAAAUUGCCAUGUCAUCCAGGACUGGUCUUGAAAAAAAAAUUAAGUUAGCUGCCCAACCCAUUUAAACCAUUACACAGCCCAAUAUGUUAAUAUGAUAAGAGACGGUUCGGGUUAUAUCCCUUUAUCGAUCCCGUGUCUCUGAAAAUCACUCAUCCUCCCUAACCCUAAGCGCCUUCUCAGACCCUUUGUCGAUUCUCUUCCUCUCCCUCACCUUCCUAAACGCUCUCAGUUAAUCUCCUUUAUCAAGCGUACAAAGAAUCUUCGUAACUGUCUUCAGAUGCUGCUGUUGCGCAAUGCCUUCGACGCUCUUCGCCUCGGUUGAUCGUCGCAGUUCGUUAUCGCUCGGCUUCUCCGUUUUUGGGACUCGGAAAAUAUGAAGAACAUGGUGAAUUCAUAGAAUCACUCUACUUAUCCUUGAUGAGAAGGUAUUGUAACAAGAAGCAUCUUAUUUUAUUUUUUAUCUUAAUUUUGUUUUCGAAUAGCCCCAAUGAUUUAAAUCGUCUAACUGUAUCUGUUUGCCAUGCUGCAUAAAGUAAGAUAUGUAGCUUGAAAUUUGAGGGAAUGUUUUAGUAUUACAGGACCUCCUAUAGUCUCAAAGAGACUGAUGUGGCUGUUAUUGGAAUCUUGACCCAUAAGGUGACGAUUACUCUUUACGCACAGAUGGUGAUACCAUGCAUAGUUUGAUCAAACUCCAUUUAGGUUUUCUUUAGGGAAACAAAUGAAGGUAAAAAGCCAAGAGCAGAAACUAGCUGUGCCGGAACCAGCAUUGAUCAAGGACCUUGAUUCAAGGAAGAGAGAAUAUCCUUUUUGAGCAAUGGCUCGAUUGACCAAGGAGAAACAGUGUUUUUCUAAAACAAUGGGUACUGAAAACCUCCCCUUAAGUUGCAAUAAAGAAGCCAUCAUCAUUGAUGAAAGGUGUUACAGUGUGUUUUGCUUUAAAAGAGUCACAUUUCUGUUCGAACAACAUAUCCAAGAUUUAGUUGUACGCAAGUGUUGGUUAUUUUUCUCUUUUAAAAAAACUCUAGGUUAUAGUCUCUCUUUAAGCGCAUUCUCUAAAGCAUUUUUGAUUUGUUGACUGUCAGCAGGAAAGAGCCUGCUAUAUUGAUGACGAUUGUGAUCACAGAGAAAGACACAAAGAAAUUUGAGCUUGGAUUCAGCAGGUGGUGGUAGCCAACAAGAUGAUACAAUCGUUGAGAGAUGUAACCCAUUGAGAGGAGAGAUAUAAGAAGCUCAUGAUUUGGUUUAAAAGAUGAGAUAUAAGAAGCUCGUGAUUUGGUUUAACAGAUGACAUAUAUAAGAGUUGAGGCUAAGUAUAAAUGUUAACCUUUGUGUUACGGUCAUUUGUUUGUCUUUUUCUGUCUCUGCAAUACAAACAGCUUUUACUCUGUUGUUUUUCCUUUUGGUUUCAGUUUGAAGCAAAAGCUAUGAAUCUGUCAUUUGUGUCAUCUGAGAUUAGACUUUUUGUUUGUAAUUGAUUAUUGUUUCUUUGGCAGCAAACAAAGCCUUGGAUUUUAAA